AUGCUGUCAACAACUACCAAUGUGAAGUGUAGGCUUGAGAUGUUUGAUAAGGACCUCAUGAUGCUCCAGGUGGGGGCUUCCAUGAUGGAUCCCAACCACUUUCUGAUGAUUGUGCUCAGUCUUUUUGAGCUCUUUCAUAUCGUUAGUUCAGCCGACUGCAGGAAAAGAUACAACAUCGAGAACACGGAUAAGGAUGUAGUCCAGCAGAACAGCACUUUAAUAGAAGAGAUGCUUCACCUCAUUAUAAUGGUUGUGGGUGAGCGGUUUACACCAGGCAUUGGGCAUGUAGAAGACUGUGAUGAACUAAACAGAGAAAUCAUACAUCGGCUUUGUAUUCGUCCCAUGGCUCACAGUGAGCUGGUCAAGGCCUUGCCUGAAAAUGUGAGUAGACGUACUCAUGGAAUUGUUCAAUUAGUUAUGGAUUUUCUAUGUGCUGCUGUCCAGUUAUAUUAUAUUAUAUCGAAAGCCUUCUUAUGAAAUGUGUUUCAAAGGCUUCAUAAGUAUUUUAGGAGAAUAAAGAGACAGGAAUGGACAGAGUCCUUGAUAGUGUUGCACUGUUUAAGUUGGUGUCUCAUUCUCCUUCCAGAUGCUUCCUUCCUUCCUUCCAGAUGCUUUUCUACAGAGUAGACAGGAACUUGAUCCAUGCAUAUGAAUUCAGAAACUGCCCUAUCCAGUUUCCUUGCUUCGUUUGAGUUUUGUCAUAUUUUCUGUGCCUUUUAUUUUAAUUUUCAGAGAGAGAGAGAGAGAGAGAGAGAGAGAGAGAGAGAGAGAGAUAUUAUUAAUUGGUGGUCGGUGGAGCAAUCAUAUUUUAGCCCAGAAUCUUUAGCUUGCCUUUGCCAGGAGGUUCAGACUUGGCUUUCAACAAGAUAAAGAGCCAAGCAUACUUCCAAAUGAACACCAAAAUGCUUCAAGAAACUCAAAAUCAGUGUUUUACAAUGAGCUUAAAAUGUCCUCCAUGGUGGCAUGGACCAGGACCCCUCGGUCUGCAGCAUUACAGGAAGAUUUCAGGUUAGACGUUAUGGGAAGAGUCUCAGUGCUGUUAUUGUCUCUGGGGCAGACAUCAGUUAACAUUGUGACCCCUUCCCUGGAGAGAACAGCAUUACAAUUCUGAAAACAGUUUUUGUAAAUGAUAAUUCACUACUUAAAGCAUGUACCCGAGCUCCUGCUACGCAGUAACUAAAACUGUCUGCAACUCACGUGUUACUUCAUUCUUUAGUUCCUUCUCUUAAGUGUAGAGCCUCUGUCAGAUUGUGUGAUUGAUAAAGAAAAGCACAUAAGUGACAAAAUACCAGUUUGAGUGCCUAGUGGUCUAAUCAGGAAAUGCUCUUUGGAAGCUCAAUAUAUGCACUUAUCCAUUUGCAUUUUGAUUCGGCUG